AUGGUUGCUUUCAAAGGUCGUUCAUCAAUGAAGCAAUUUAUGCCAUUAAAGCCAAUAAAACGAGGCUUUAAAGUUUGGGCUUUGGCUGAUUCUCAAAGUGGAUUUUUGUUAAACUUUGACGUGUAUACAGGGAAAAAAUCAGACGGUAAUGUUGAAUAUGGUUUGGGAGAAAAUGUUGUUCUUUCGCUAACCGAUAAAUUAAAAAAUAAAUUUUAUUGUAUUUAUUUUGACAAUUUUUUUACAAGUAUACCACUCAUAUCUAAGCUUUUAUAUGAUGGUUUAUUUGCUUGUGGCACUUUUAGAGUCAAUAAAAUAUUUUACCUUAAACAUUUAAUGAAAAAUGAUAACAAAUAUAUGCCUGGUGAUAUAGAGUAUGCACAAUCAAAAGAAAUUAGUGUGAUGAGAUGGAAAAACAGAGGAGCAAAACCAAAAAAAAACAGACUUCAUCACCUCAAGAUCGAAUUAUAA